AUGGCAUAUCCCUUCCAACUAGGUUUUCAAGAUGCUACAUCUCCUAUUAUAGAGGAGCUCUUACAUUUCCACGACCACACAUUAAUAAUUGUAUUCCUAAUUAGCUCCUUAGUCCUUUACAUUAUCUCAUUGAUAUUAACAACCAAACUCACACACACAAGCACAAUAGAUGCCCAAGAAGUAGAAACCAUCUGGACUAUCUUACCUGCCAUUAUCCUUAUUCUUAUUGCCCUGCCUUCCUUACGAAUUCUUUAUAUAAUAGACGAAAUCAACAACCCCUCCCUCACAGUAAAAACCAUAGGACACCAAUGGUAUUGAAGCUAUGAGUACACCGAUUAUGAGGACUUGAACUUUGACUCUUACAUAAUCCCCACUCAAGAAUUAAAACCCGGAGAACUCCGGCUACUAGAAGUCGACAAUCGAGUAGUUCUGCCAAUAGAAAUAACUAUUCGCAUGCUAAUUUCAUCAGAAGACGUACUACACUCAUGAGCCGUCCCAUCCCUAGGCCUAAAAACCGAUGCUAUCCCAGGCCGACUGAAUCAAACAACCCUAAUAGGAACACGACCUGGCUUAUAUUAUGGUCAAUGCUCAGAGAUCUGCGGCUCAAACCAUAGCUUCAUGCCCAUUGUCCUUGAAUUAGUCCCACUGACAUACUUUGAAAAAUGAUCUGUGUCUAUACUUUAA